AUAUGUAUUUCGUACUGUUGUUGAAGACUGUUUGUGUGGUGCAACUAAUCAAAAGUUAGAGAGAGAGAGAUUUGUGCUGUGUGAAUAAAAGCUACAAAUUCUGCACUAUCUUCAACUUCUUGCACUCUCUACCCAAGACUUGUUUCUUGUCUUGGGUCUCUCUGAGUCUCGACUCUCUCCUCUUGCCUCUAUCAAUUUAUCAUGAGGAUCAGGAAGCGAUUCUCUAUGUUAUCGACGGCGCCUCCGGUCUCAGAUCCACAACUCAACCGCUCAACUCUGGUGCAACAAACAUCUUCCCCGUUGCACCCAAUUCAAAACAUGGGUGGUGGCGCUGAUUCCGAUCCUGCCGCUCACCGUCUCUCCUCCGAUCAAAAACCGGCGACGAUGAACAACUCCUUGCACUCCGAUAAAUUCGAGAUCAAGCAUAAGGAAGAAGGAGAAGAAGAAAAUGGAAGCAACAACAAUUCCAGGAAGGAAUACAACUUUUUAGCUGUUGGAACGGUUGGAGAGACUCGAGUUUUGCCAUCGUUGAGUUCUCAUCCAGUUGAGGGAAGAUGGGAUGACGGGGAUGAAAAGAUACCUUCGAAGAAGAGAAAAGGGGGUGUGGAGGAGGAAGAAACAGUGUUGAAGAUGAAGCCGAAGGCCAACAAGAAAUUUAGUACUUCAGGCAUGCAACAAAAUCAAGUUAAAGCGGGCAGUGAUGAGAGUAAUUCAACCCUGAACAACAAUACUGUCAAGAAGAUGAACAAGAGAGGCGGUGCAAUUAUGGAGGGAUCACGUUGCAGUCGUGUGAAUGGAAGAGGCUGGAGGUGUUGUCAGCAAACACUUGUGGGUUAUUCCUUGUGCGAACAUCAUCUUGGUAAGGGAAGGCUUCGUAGCAUUUCAAACGUCAAAGGCCGAAAGACACCUGCUGCUGCUGCUGCUGCUACCAUUGCACCUCAGAAUGUCACUACUGAUAGUUCUAUUAAUGAUAGUACCUCUAAGGCUAAUACCACCAAUGAUAAUGAAUCGUCCAAGAAAUUACCGGUCUCUUUACCAGUAGUGCAAUCACCUCGACCUCGAGAUCGUAAGAACACAAUGUUGUUGGAUGGUAGCUGUUAUGAUGAUGAUGAGGAGGAGGACAAAUAUGAAGAUGACGACGACGAUGAUGAUUAUAACGAGGAAGAGACGAAGAAGCCAGUAGUUGCGAAAAAGAAGAGGAUGAAGGUGGGUAUGGUGAAAGCUAGAUCUUUAAGCAGCUUACUGAACCGAACAAACUAGCUAUGCAGAGGUAGAAUAACAAGCGACGAGGAUAUUGUAAUGGCAUAGAAGCCUGACCAGUGUGUUUUCAUGAAUUUGAAUCCAGUUACUCAUAUACUAUUCGUACGCUUACAAUUCGUGAAAAAAGGUACUUGAUGUUUUA